GCCAGUUGACAGCGUAGCUCGCGAGCCCUUUUCCCGGCGAACGGCACGAGAGGCUGGAGGCCAGCGCUUCGUCGCGCUGACAAACGAGGACGUGCAGGACACGGUGCAGCCGUCGACCAGCAGCCAGACGCGGCCGCCUCGCUGACCGCGCGAUCUCUGAGCCGCGGCGGGCCUACAACGCGACCUUUUCUCGCGCUCAUCCCCACCAUCGUCGUCCGCGACACCGGAAGUCGCGAUAAUCUGCUUUUCGCCAUCCCUACCUAUCGCCGCGAGCGCGCGCGGAGGCUUUUCUUCGGCUCGCGAGAGAGGGCACGGCGGAUCCGAUCCUCCCGGAUUUUCCCCGCGAGCCAGUAUAAAAGCCGCGACGCGGCCGGCUGCAGGCAUAAUGUCAACGAUCCGAUGGAUAGAAACGGGAUUGCAGAGGAACAACUGCUGGUCAAGCCUGCGAGGAGCGUACCCUUGGAACCAGGCGAAAAGGCCCUACUCAAGAGGCACAUCCUUAUCAAACGUCGCAAGAGCCGUUACACUUGAGCGCACCGCCGCCACUUGCGCCGCCAGGAGGGACUUUUCGACUUUCAAGUGGAGAUCGGCCGCACCCGGGACCACCGCCGGCAAGAUGCCCAUUACCAUGGAGACCUGCUACCCGCAAGUCGCCAGACUGAUGGUGACCCAAGUAGCGAAGACUCAAUCGAGCACCAAGUACGAUUCGUUCGAUAGAAUCGCCGACACACCAGUCUACAGCAGUCUUAGUACACCGCUAGCACCGAAGAUCCGUGCUUUCGUCGAGGAGGCUGUUAGAUUGUGCCGUCCCAAUGACGUUUACGUAUGCGAUGGAAGCGAAGCUGAAAAUACCCAACUUUUGAAGCUGUUAGAGAGCAAAGGGACUGUCCAACCGUUGCCCAAGUAUGAGAACUGUUGGCUCGCCAAAACGAAUCCAGCUGAUGUAGCUCGCGUCGAGAGCAAAACAUUCAUCAGCACCCCAAACAAGAAAGAUACGAUACCGACUCCUCGCGAUGGAGUCAAGGGCACUCUUGGCAACUGGAUUGCCCCGGACGAUAUGUACAAUGCUAUCUUGGAACGCUUUCCUAACUGCAUGAAAGGUCGAACGAUGUACGUGAUUCCAUUUAGUAUGGGUCCUAUAGGCUCACCUCUGUCAAAGAUCGGAAUCGAAAUAACGGAUUCGCCGUAUGUCGUAUGCUCGAUGCGUAUAAUGACCCGCAUGGGUGAAAAAGUAUUGCAAACUCUAGACAAGCGUGACUUCGUCAAGUGUCUUCAUUCUGUUGGUGUACCAAAAGCUGAUUCAAGUGUUCAAAUCGAUGAGAGUUGGCCGUGCGAUCCCGAACGUACCAUCAUUCUUCAUAAACCUGCCAAGAAUGAAAUCGUAUCGUACGGCAGUGGUUACGGUGGAAAUUCGUUGCUUGGAAAGAAAUGUUUCGCUCUGAGAAUUGGAUCUACCAUCGCUAGAGACGAGGGGUGGCUUGCCGAACACAUGCUGAUUUUAGGAGUAACCAAUCCCAAAGGAAAAAAACGUUAUAUCGUAGCUGCAUUCCCAAGUGCUUGCGGUAAAACAAACUUGGCCAUGUUGCAACCAACUCUACCAGGUUACAAAGUCGAGUGCGUUGGUGACGAUAUAGCUUGGAUGCGUUUCGACGCGGAGGGUAAACUUCGUGCUAUCAAUCCUGAGAAUGGAUUCUUUGGUGUCGCCCCUGGUACCACCUCAGCUACCAAUCCCAAUGCCAUGGCUGCUAUCUUUAAGAAUACUCUAUUUACCAACGUUGCUAAGACCAGCGAUGGUGGAGUAUACUGGGAAGGCAUGGAGAAGGAAAUUGCAGAUAACGUUCAGAUCACAGAUUGGCAUGGAAAACCAUGGCAGCGCGGCUCGAAAACACCAGCAGCCCAUCCCAACUCUCGUUUCUGCACUCCAGCCGUGCAGUGUCCUAUCAUAGAUCCAGCUUGGGAAGACCCCAAAGGUGUACCAAUCGAUGCUAUUCUUUUUGGAGGACGUAGACCCAUUGGCGUACCACUCAUCUAUCAAGCACGUAACUGGCAACAUGGUGUUUUGAUCGGCGCUACGAUGAGGUCAGAGGCUACUGCUGCUGCUGAGCACAAGGGCAAGGUCAUCAUGAACGAUCCAUUCGCAAUGCGGCCGUUCUUCGGUUACAACUUUGGACAUUAUCUUAACCAUUGGCUUAAUAUGUCGAAAGUAGAGAAUGCUCAGCUACCAGAAAUUUUCCACGUUAACUGGUUCCGUAAGGGUCCGAACGGUUUCUUAUGGCCAGGAUUCGGUGAGAAUUCUCGUGUUCUUGACUGGAUUCUUCGUCGUAUCGAUGGUGAAGACGUUGCCGUAGAAUCGCCAAUUGGUUAUCUACCUAAACCCGAAUCACUUAAUCUGGAAGGUUUAAAGGAGAACAUCGACUUGAAGGAAUUGUUUAGUCUGCCAAAGGAAUUCUGGAAGACGGAAGUUAAGGAAUUAAAAGAGUACUUGGACUCACAGGUUGGAGAAGAUCUACCUAAGGCUAUCAGCGAAGAGCUCAAUACGUUAGAAAAGAACGUGGAUAAACUAUAAAUUCGUUAAAAUUUCUCUGUAAUCCCUUUUUAUUUAGGAUCUUUGACAUUACAUUUUUAAGUUUCUUCCUUUUUUUUUCUUUUAUCUAAAAAAAUUUUUUUUAAUUUUAAUAGUUAUUGUCAGUAAUUUGCUGUUUCAGGAUUCAUAUUUUGAGAAAGCGAUUUGAUAUUGUGUGAAGACGAUAAAUUUUUUUUGAAAAAUUGUUUUUGUUACGCGUUUUUACUUUUACUCAAUUUAUAUAUGUUUUUGAAAAUUUUCAUUGAACGAAAAAU